GAUGCCAAUAACACGACGUGAUCACCAGCCGUCCUUCAAGCUUUCUUAGCCACACUAGUUCAUUUAUGAACGUGGCGACAAAGGAAUUCUAUCGUAUACUGCCAACCUAUUCAAGCCAUUCUGUAUUUUUUAAAGCUGCAGUUAAAAGUAGCAUAAAGACAUUUAAUUGCAGUGUGACACCGGGGCACAGGAGUGAAAAGUGUACAGUCCACGUUUGCAGGUGCAUAGCAAGAGGGACCCAGGACAGCAUGGCAGACGAGCCAGCAGAAAUGGAGGCGUCGCAGGAGAUUUCUUCACUCUAUUUGAACAGCAGCCUCAAGAAUGAUUACUCAAACAACAGUAACGUCACCAACCACACCAGUAUCACCUACUAUCCUUACUACCAGCACUCUCUACCUGUGGCUACUGCCCUGACCAUGGCCUACCUGUUCAUUUUCCUGCUGUGCAUGGUGGGAAAUGGCUUGGUGUGUCUGAUUGUGCUGGAGAACCGGCGGAUGAGAACAGUCACGAACCUCUUCAUCCUCAACCUGGCCGUGAGUGACCUUCUGGUGGGGGUUUUCUGUAUCCCGACAACCCUGGUGGACAACCUUAUUACAGGUUGGCCGUUCACAAACACAGUCUGUAAGAUGAGUGGUCUGGUGCAGGGCAUGUCCGUGUCUGCCUCUGUGUUCACCCUGGUGGCCAUCGCAGUGGACAGGUUUCGUUGCAUUGUGUACCCGUUCCAACCCAAACUCACCCUGCUGGUUGCCAAGGUGACCAUAGUGAUGAUCUGGGUACUCGCAGUGGUGAUUAUGUGUCCGUCGGCUGUAACGUUAACCGUGGAGAGAGUGGAGCAUCAUUACAUGGUCCACAAUGAAGACUACAACCACACAUACCCACUGUUCUCAUGCUUUGAGAACUGGGCCAGCCCACAGAUGAGAAAAGUCUACACCACCGUCCUGUUCGCACACAUUUACCUCAUUCCUCUCACCCUGAUCACACUCAUGUAUGGACGAAUCGGGAUCAAACUCUACACCACCUCUGUGAUCUCUGGGAACGAUCAGAAUGAAAGCGGAAACUCGCACGCCUCGCCUCCGGCCCCUGGAGCCCAACAGGAAGGUCGGCCCCUCAUUUCUCAAAAGAAGAUCAAAGUGAUUAAGAUGUUGAGUGUCGUGGCCUUGUUAUUCACACUCUCCUGGCUGCCUCUGUGGACCCUGAUGCUCCUUACAGACUACGGAGGUCUGAAUGAAGACGAGCUGGAAUUGCUAAGCGGCUACGUGUUCCCGUUCGCUCACUGGUUGGCAUUCUCAAACUCGAGCGUCAACCCUAUUAUCUACGGGUAUUACAAUGAGAACUUCAAGAGGGGCUUUCAGGCCGUGUGCAGAACGCAUUCGUGCUGCUGCGACGGAAUGAGGGCGAGGAGCAUGCGACGGAAACCUAGAGGAGACGUGAGGGAUCCUGUGGUGAACACCAAUCCUUUGAAUUUCGCCACAAGGAACCGGGUGUACACCGACGGCGAUAUGAAGAACUCCAGGUCGUGUCUGGAGCUGGAGCACAGGAGAACUGGCCGGCUGUGUAACAACUCGGUCUGCUCGAAUGACACAGGAUCCAGUGCGGGAUCUGUGAUAAAAGGGGUCACAAACCAAAAAAUGUUUCAGAUGGAGGAACUAGAGAAAAUAAGUCCCAUCAGGGUGGGUAAAAAUCAAGCCUGGGAUCAAUAGAUAGAUCAUUCAUGCCAUUAACUGACUCAGGUUGUGGGCCAUUAAGACUCCACAGAUCUUUUACUUGCGUUAGAUUAAUCAGCUGACGAUUAGAUCAAGUCAGUCCUAAAGUCCUAAUCUCUUUUGUGAAAACACUGGAACAUAAUUUCCCUAUUAAAGUCUAAAUGACUUACUUUUUCUACAAGGAUAAAAAAUUCCCUAUUUUUGUUUCCCGCAAAGUGCAACGAGCGACGUUAAAAGAGGCUGAAGUCAUAUAUAAAGAAAUACCGUAUAGUGAAUCAUUUGUUUACAUAGAUUCUACUGUAUAUGGCCACUGGUAUCAUCUGCAUCCAACGUUUUGACUUUAAUUUGAUAAAAAGUACAAAAGCUGUCAGUGGGGUGGUACCUUUUCAAAAGGUAAAACCGUUUUACCCUAUUCAUGCUUGAAUGGUGCAUAAUAAUACCUUAUAGGUACAUAUUAGUACCUAAAGUGCACACACUAGUACCAAAAUGGUACAAAUCACUCCUUUUGAAAACCACCCCAGUGACAGCUUUUGUAGCUUUUUUUCAGAGAAUUCACACCAAAAAUGUAACACAUUUAACCAUGCUUGUAGCCUAAACAUUCAACAGGACAAU